AUGUCCUGUGGCGAAUUCGCACUUUAUUUCGUUGACAAUGGAGGCAUUGCAGCGCUGUUCGAGCUCGCUACCGCUACCAGCCAAUGCGACUGCUUGAGAGAGGACCUGCGUGCACACUUGUGGCGUCACAUCGUCACCGGAUUGGCCGCAUUGAUCACCUUCGACCCGAUUCUUCUGGAAGGCGGUUCCGAGGUCGACAUCACUGCAUUUCCAUUUGCCGGUGUCGGCAUCGACUGGGAACAGAUUCCAGACGAAACCGUGUGCCAGAUAAUGAACUCUCAUUCACUCACUGAUGAACCUCACGCCUACCGCAACUACCUCCUCAUUUUGCUGAGCUUCGUUAGGGCGUGUCCGUGUCGAGCAUGGGUUUUGGUGGAGAACAACGUCUCAUCGUUCAUCUACACAGCCGUAGAUGCAAACCGAACCAAGAGGCCGCUGCCGCCCAUUUCACAGUCGCAGUCUCAAUCGAAACUGGGUCGUUCGAGCAGCCGUCUCGGUGGUCUGUCGGUGCGUCCGAAGGCGCUCUUUCCAAAUUCCACGCCCUCAUCUCUCUCGCUGUGCGUGCCGUCACCGCCCACCACAGAGCCGAAACGAAUCACCGAGAUCCAGCUGUUCGCCGUGGCUCUCGUCUACGCCAUCUACGAAGCCUGCUCUUCCAACAUAACCGAAGUCCUCAACUUGAUACCUUCCUACUGCAUUGCAUCGGUUGUCGAGAUUCUUGCAGCAGAAGUGGACAAUCCAGAUGGCCACAACGAGCCCACGACGCCCCUUCAAGGUGAAUCACGUGACGAGACCAGUUCCUCUGUUUCGCGCAGUUCAAACAUCUUCUACACCCUGAAGUCUCGCCGUAAUUUGAUGUCUUCGGGUGGACUCGCGCGUAUCACAAGGAUGAACUCCAUGCAAUCCGAGUCACUGCCAAUUUCGGCGCCCUAUCCCCGUUCCCCGAUCGAUUCGACGCUCACACCAGAUGAAAAGUCGGUGCCAAUCGCCACUGAUCCGAUGGAACUUGCAGUCAAAGAUGUUCUAAUUGGCCUCCAGAAGUUUGUCGUCCAGCCGUAUGCUGACAUGGCGAACGCCCCACUUGACGAGGGUCUCGUAAAACGGACACUACGAGACCUGUGUGAAUUGCUUGCUCCGGAGAUUACCCACUUGGUCCCUGGAAAUGAAACGACCACUGUGUAUCGGAUAUGCGAAUUCUCGAAUCCGGAGAUUCCGCAAGACGACUUCAAACAGCCACCUGGUAAUCUCGGGGUUGUUUGCCUGUCGACGCUGGUGAAGCAUCGGGCACACCUAGUUCGGCGAAUUCUGGAAUGUCAAGGUGCUCUCAACGCAGAGGCCAUCCUGUCGCGAAUCUCGGAAUCACAGAUGGAGAAGAAGGAUGAGGUGGAGGCUUCGCUGACACCAACCUGUGUCCUUGCCUGGCUGGGCGCAGCUAAUGGAGGAGGUGGCCCGACGUUUCCCCUGCUACCCGCUGUCAAGGCCGUUACCACGGUGAUCUGUGAACACUUUGGAAUUGUUGGUAAUUCCUCGCUGGAGGAACAGCUAAACCCGCUUCUCUUCCAAAGUUCACCGAAUGCAGAUUCCGUGUUUGCUGAACUUUUUCUCCACUGUUUCGACGCAUUUUACGACUCGUGGUUUGCCGUAAACGCUGCCCCUAGUGACAUGCCCAGUGUACUUCGACGUGAAUGGAUGAUGGAGGAUGAGGAAAAGGAGAAAAAUCAUCCAGCCGUUCAGGAACUCCACCGUGAUUUGGUCAAACAGCACUUUGCGACCGUUACUAAGCAGAGGUUAUACACAAUGAGCAACGGCCCUCCAUUGGAAUAUUUGAGACACACGAAAAAAGAAGUUCAACGAUUUCGGGUGUCAUUGUCACCAGAUCAGAACCUUUUGCUCGUUCGCGAUGCAAGUAACCACGUCGUGGAGACAUGGCCUCUUUCAUCGAUUGUCUCUGUCUCUUCGAUCCCCGAAGACCGAAAAAGCAAGCACGGUGACUGGACUGUUGUGUUGAAUCUGGACAAGGAACAUCCACUCGAACAGGAGACGGAGAGUUUCAUUGGCGCAACUGGAAUCUCGCGCUCGUUCAUGGCUAAACAGCGUCACAACCAGAUAGUUCUUGUAGCGCCCUCUGAGCACAUCCAGUCAGCGUGGAUUGACGGAUUCAGUCGAUUGCGAGAGGCAAAGUUUACAAGUGCCGCAUUCGCGGAUGAUAUGAACAUGAUUACCAAUCUGGAAAUGCGGAUUCGCCUGCUCGGACUCGAUUUGGACACGGUUGACGUAAAAUAUGGCUUAUCGGCCACUGAAGCUUCACGUAGACUAACAGAGGUCGGCCCCAAUGAGUUCAAGGCAGAUCAUCAAGACCCCUUGUGGCUGAAGUAUAUAAAGCAGUUUAUGGAACCUAUGAUAUGCCUUCUAAUCCUGUCAGCCAUCGCUGUUCUUGUAGUUGUAACUGUUGGAUUUAUCCAGGGGUACAGAUCAGAAAAGGCUAUUGAAUCCCUGAAGAAGUUAAUGCCUCCAAAAUGCAACUGCUUACGUGAUGGCAGACUUCAAACAAUUCUUGCAUUCGAUCUCGUUCCUGGUGAUAUUGUUUACCUCUCAAUCGGUGACCGUGUUCCUGCUGACUUGCGUAUUGUCGAGGCUUCAGACUUACGCAUCGAUGAAUCUAACUUAACAGGGGAGACUAAGGCCGUUGCAAAGCAUGCUGAUUGUCUAUCAACUCAGUCGUUUGGGCCAUGUCUUUCUAUUUCCUCGAAUAAUACUGAAGCAUACCAAAAUCCCAGCGAUUCUGUGAUCAAGCGCUCCAACAGUUCCGGUGGAAUGUGGGCCGAUGGUGAGACUGUGGUAACUUUUGAUGCGCCUGCUCCUCUGUUGACGCCCAAACAAACACAGGGAGCGCAUCGUCUCACCAACAUUGGAUUCAUGGGAACGCUGGUUCGUGCGGGUAAUGCUGUUGGUGUGGUGAUUGCAACGGGCGAACACUCGGAAUUCGGGGAGGUCUUUAAACUGAUGCAAACUGAGGAGGCCCCACGCACUCCUCUGCAGAAGAGCAUGGAUCGCUUGGGGAAACACUUAUCCAUCAUUUCUGGUGCAAUCAUCAUCGGCAUCAUAAUCGUUGGCCUAAUCCAAGGACGCAAUAUCUUGGAACUGUUCAAUGUUGGUGUCAGCCUUGCAGUCGCCGCGAUUCCUGAGGGUCUGCCGAUCGUGGUGACGGUCACUCUGGCCAUCGGACAGAUGCGCAUGGCCGCCAGGAACGCCAUCAUCAAGAAAUUACCCGCUGUUGAGACGCUAGGCUGUGUCAACGUGAUUUGUGCCGACAAGACGGGCACAAUGACGAAGAACGAGAUGACAGUCACACGGGUCGUCACCAGUGGACUGGAGCGCGCCAGUGUCACGGGUGUGGGCUACUCCUCUGCCAACGGCGAGGUCACUCUUGACCAGGGCAACCCUCGUUUGGCCGCAGAUCACGCCAAUAUCCGUCGGCUAGCUGAGAUCGGCGCCCUGUGCAACAACGCCUCUCUCAAAGACGGUACGCUUUGUGGGCAACCAACCGAAGGGGCUCUGCUCUGCUUGACAGCGAAGCUGCGAUUGGCUGACCCCAGACUGAGUAACCCGCGCGUGAAGGAGUGGCCCUUCAGUUCGGAGCAAAAGAUUAUGAUCGUUCAGGUGGCCUCGCCUCGUUUAAGCGAUCCCUGUCAGUCCAGUUUCUUCGCAAAGGGUGCCCCCGAUCGCUUGCUCAAUCGUUGCGCGUGGUACCGCGAACGCUGCAACUCCGGUCUGGGCUCGGUGCAGCCUCUGACGGAGGCGACGAGGAACAGCCUCCUUGACGAAGCCCGUCGAAUGGGCACUAGUGGGCUGCGUGUCCUCGCGCUCGCCGAAGGCGUCUCCGCCGACGCCGAUUUUAUCUUCUCGGGCCUCGUUGGUCUGCUGGACCCGCCGAGGCCCGACGUGGAGCACGCGGUGGAGACGUGCUUUAGGUCGGGUGUGCGUGUCAUCAUGAUUACUGGCGAUUCAAUGGAGACCGCGUGUGCUAUUGGAUCUCGUCUCUCCUUGUACCGGUCGGGUGACAAUUGCUUGAGUGGUGAGGAGGUGGAACAAAUGAAUCUGCAUCAGCUGCAGUCACAGAUCCACGGCGUCACUGUUUUCUAUCGUACGGGACCCCAGCACAAGUGCAAAAUCGUCAAGGCCCUGCAGAAACGCCACCUGAUCGUGGCUAUGACCGGCGACGGUGUGAACGACGCCAUCGCCCUGAAGUCGGCCGACAUUGGAAUCGCGAUGGGUGAGAGCGGCACCGACGUCUGCAAAGAGGCCGCGGACAUCGUCCUUGUCGACGACGCCUUCUCGUCCAUCCUCUCGGCGAUGGAAGAGGGCAAGGCGAUAUUUGGCAAUAUCUGCAACUUCGUGCGCUUUCAGCUGAGCACGUCGAUUGCCGCUUUAUCGCUGAUCGCUGCUUCCACCGUGUUGUCGCUUCCCAAUCCACUCAACGCCAUGCAAAUCCUCUACAUUAAUAUUCUAAUGGAUGGACCACCGGCUCAGUCACUUGGUGUCGAACCGCCUGAUAAAGACGUAAUUAAUCAGCCACCGCGUCACGUGCAGGAUUCGAUUCUCGAUCGUCGCCUCAUGACCAAUGUCAUCAUCUCUGCCUUCACCAUCUUCUGUGGCACCCUGUUCAUAUUCCACCGCGAAAUGACCGUCGAUGGGAAGGUCACGCCACGUGACACCACAAUGACCUUCACGUGUUUCGUCCUCUUUGACAUGUUCAACGCCCUCUCCUGUCGAUCUCAGAAAAAGUCCAUUUUCGAAAUCGGUUUCUUCUCAAAUCGUGUGUUCGUGGUGGCGGUGAGCUUGUCGUUGAUUGGCCAGAUCUGCGUCGUCUACCUUCCACCCCUCCAAUCCGUCUUCCAGACCGAGGCAAUCUAUCUCAGUGACUGGAUCCUACUGAUAUGUAUUUCAAGCAGUACCUUCGUCAUAUCGGAAUACCGCAAGUCGAAUUUGAGCCUCUACAACCUGCUUCGUCCGAGGUCUGUCUAUCGCAAGGUGAAGGAGGUGCUGGCUACCGCCAACAAACGACACAGCAGUCCCUGCGUCGAAAACACACGAUCCUCCAUGGUGUGA